AGCUAAUGAACCUCCCACUCCCCCCCCAGCCCCCUGCACCCCCUUCGAUACUGGUGCGGCGGGGAUGGCAGCAAGUUCAGCUGCUUGCAAACCGUUCUCCAAUUCAUUAUGAGAUCCCUUGCCGUGAUGCGACAGUGGUCAGACUUUAUCGUUGAAGGUUCCGGUGCCAAAAGCUUAUUUUCUUUGCACACCGCGCCAUUCAAAGUGCCUGAACUCAUUCAUCGAGAUUGACCUGUCCCGUGACGCGCAGCAACGGAUCAAGGGCUCACCUGCGUAUGACCACACGGAACCUGCUAAGGCGGCUUGUUCAGCGUGGUUCUGAAGGAACAUCCUUGUGGCUACUCAAAAGGGUCCGUUCAGCGGCAUGUCGGCCACUGAGGCCUGAGCGCCCUAACGGGCUGCUGGGGCGUCAGUCGGUGGGUGUGCAAGAUGGAGCCUGUCGACUACCGCCGUCGAGCCAAGAAGCUCGACUCUCCCACGUCUUUAACGGAGUUCGCGCCCCUCAGCUCGGACGUGAAAAGCAAAACAAGCGGGUUCUCGCUGAGCCGUUUCUUCAAGCUCUCUCGAGGGCCUCGCGAGGACGGCGCCUCGGCUGUAGCCCCAGCAGACACGGAGCAAGGCGGCGGCUGCGAAUGCAUCCCCGAAGACGACGUGCUGAUGACAACCGGCGCCGAUAAGCCCUCUCAGUUGAAGGGAGAGGAAGAUCUGCUUGAGUCUCCCCGGAGCAACUUCAGUGCUGAAUCGCCGGUGGCGUCUCUGCCGGAGAGCCAUGGAGAACUUGAUGUGCUCUACACCCGCAGCUUUUCGGGUGUGCUCGGCCGCAUUGCGCACAUAAUGGACCGGGGCGUGUUGGCACCGAACGCGUACAAGGAUGCGGACCUGAAGCAGUACUGGAUGCCAGACAGCAAUUGCAGGGAGUGUUACGAGUGCGGCGACAAGUUCACCACAUUCCGACGGCGCCACCACUGCCGCAUUUGCGGCCAGAUCUUCUGUAGUCGCUGCUGCAACCGCGAGAUUCCGGGCAAGAUUAUUGGCUACAGAGGUGACCUUCGGGUGUGCAUGUACUGCUGCCAGGUGGUGCUUUCGUAUGUAAAAUCACUCGACUUGAGCGCAGAUGUACGUGGGAUGCUGGCUGAUCUCCAGAACAAGUUGGGCAUGCUGCGUAUGGAAGAGGAAGACCCCGUCUCCCCAGACACUGGCACCUGGGGUUCUUCCAGCCGGAGGAAGACAUCUGUAGGAUUCAGGGAGGAGGCUCUGGUUGUGCCCAAAGGCGACUCUGGCGAGUAUACCCCAUCUGACACCACCGGUUUCCAGAGCCCGUCACCGGGAAGGACCCCCGUCUAUGACAAGAUGUUCAUAAGAGAACUUUGGUCUCAAAUUCAGCACCCCAUACACGGCAUUUCAUUCCAAACUCAUCGCCACAGGUUGCAUUCCUACACCAACUGCAUUGUUGGUAAUGAACUACUUGACUGGCUAGUGGCCCAAGGAAAAGUGUCGUCACGAAACGAGGCCAUCUCCAUUGGACAGGCCCUGAUUGACAGCAGUUUGCUGGAGCCAGUUGUGCCUCAUGACCCAAUCUUCAUUGAUGGCUACUCCUUGUACAGGCCAGGGAUGGGGAGUCAGACAGACCCUGGACCUAGCCAGACAAGCAGCCCUCCUGAUGAAGCUGUGGAAGAAAACCAGGAUCCUCUCUGGGUUUCUGAAAUUCAGCCCGAUGGUAAUCUGACUCCAUUUGUUGUGACUGACGAGUCCCUUGAGGUUGAGAAAACUGGUCAGGACCCGAUGGAUGGCUUGUCACCCUUCAAAGAGAAGCGAUUGUCUGCAUCAACAUCCACCUUUUUCCUCAAUUUGGACCUGAAAGAGUCGAGAGUGACAGUUUCCAGGCCACGAGACAGCCUUGUCACCUCCCCCGAGGAAGAUGAAUGCGAGGACGUCAAGCGGAGCCGCUGGGACUCGAAUCGCAGUGCAAUUAACACAGAGAUAUGCAACCGCACCAUCAAUGAUGACUGUGUCAGUGGGGCUCUUUAUGCGAGCAGUGGUAUGAACAGUGGUACUGUCCAAAAGUCUCUGCUUGAUGAGAGCAAGCUGAAGGAAGUCAAGGAAAGCCUCGGCUCUGCCUACAAGCUUCUCGAAAAGGACUUGGUGAAUCAACUGUUGUCUGCUAAUGGCCUGUCAUUAGCUUGGGCAGAUGUGGUGCUGCCCAUUGUGCACAAGGUCGCAAGCACUGUAUCUCCCAAUGUCAAGCACCUUGAUGAUGACAUGGAUAUCCGGCAGUACGUUCACAUCAAGAAGAUGCCAGGGGGGAAUCGAGCUGAAUGUACAGUAGUCAGUGGAGUUGUCUGCACCAAAAAUGUUGUCCACAAGAAGAUGCGGCAGCAGCUGACCAAUCCUCGUAUUCUUCUCGUGGGUUCAUCCAUUGUGUACCAAAGGGUUGAAAAUAAGCUCUCCUCACUUGACCCUAUUUUGAUGCAAGAGCGCGAGUAUCUGAAGCAUGUUGUGGCCAAGAUUCAGGUGUUUCAGCCCGAUUUGUUGUUGGUGGAAAAGACGGUUUCUCGACUUGCACAAGAGAAACUCCUGCAAAUGGAUGUGACACUCGCAAUCAAUGUGAAGCCAUCAGUUAUGGAACGAGUGUCUCGUUGCACGCAAUCAGCUAUUGUGAGUUCCAUUGAUGCCCAGCUGCGCAAGCCUAACUUAGGCUCAUGCCAGAACUUCUUUGUGAAGACCUAUGUGCUGCCGUCAAGUCGGUUCAAGACGCUGCUUUUCUUUGAUGGUUGCUCCAGCAGAUUGGGUUGCACUAUUCUGCUUAGGGGAGGAUCUGCACCUGAAUUGAAGAAAGUGAAGAACAUAAUUCAGUUUAUGUUGUAUGUAGCAUACAAUUGGCGUUUGGAGUCCUCCUUCUUGUUUGAUGAGCAUGCUCAGCCACCAACCAAAUUGUCUGUCGAUGAGGAUGACGAAAAUGACUUUGAGGAACCAGGUGAGGUUGAAGCUUCCAAAAGCCCCGUUGUUGUGCAACAUGCUGAGGUACCUAAAGGGGAAGAGCCUUGCCCAAUUCCUGAGGACCCCGUGAAGAAGGUGGAGAAAAGUUCUGUGAAGGAUUUCAGUGAUCCACUUCACACCCUGCUUAAUUCUGAAGAAAAUGGGACAGCCCUGGAGGCUCACAGUCUUACACUCAAAUCUCAGGUCUUACCUUUGAGUAACUCUUUCAAGCUGGCCCUUGAGUCAACGAUUCUCUGCUCCUCCCCGUUCAUUCGGCUUGCCCUACCUUACUUGAAGACAGAAGCUGGUCGGCGCUGUGAGCUGAGGAAGUUUUUUUCCGACGAGAUCUACUGGUCGCCCAAGACAUGUGAUGUGGAAGAGAGUCGCAAGAAAAUUGAACUUGAGGAAACUUCUCUCAGUACUCUGAACGCUCGGAAUGUGCAGGAGAAAGUGGUCGUGCUUCCUUACCACCCUUUCACAUUUCAAAAGCUAACAUCAUCUGUAUGGGAGUCGGUAGAGGCAGAGGCACUCUUGGCUGACUUCAGAGCACGGGGGGGAAGAAUUCAGAACCUCUGCCCGCAUAAUUUCAGCGGAAGAGAAGCGGCAACUGGAGAUGCUUUGCCAGACGGCAUUGCCCCUCCUAUGGAGCAACGAGGGUGGGAUGGCAGGGUAGAUGCCCUGAGCCCAUACAACCACCAGAAGCUAGCUGUCCUGUUCUGCAGCUACUCACCCACGUCGAGCAAUGCACCCUACUUCUGUGUCAAUCCCUGGGUGGUCAACAUGGAUUUCUAUGGCCGCAAUGACAUUCCUCUGGGAGGAUUUCUGGAGCGCUACUGUUUCCGGUCGGCCUACACGUGUCCGAACACUUCCUGUGAUACACCAAUGCUGGAGCAUGUUCGCAAGUUUGCCCAUGAGAAUGGCUGCAUCCAGAUCCUGCUUCAUCACUUGGAUAACCCACUGCCCAUUUUACAGAAUGCAAUCCUCAUGUGGAGCUGGUGUCGUAAAUGCCGGUUUGUGACACCACUCACCACCAUGUCUGAUGAAACAUGGUCUCUCUCUUUUGCCAAGUACUUGGAGCUGAGGUUUCAUGGGCAGGCAUAUACCUGCAGGAGCUCCUAUGAGCAGUGCCAGCAUUCCCUGCAUCACGAUCACUACCAGUAUUACGCAUCUCAACAGGUGGUGGCCUCCUUUAAGUUCUCUCCCAUUUCAAUGAGAGAGGUGGCACUGCCGCCACCCGUCAUCUCUAUUGUGGACGAGAUCCCGCAGGUGACGGCAGUUGUAGAUGAGAUACGAGACCUUGCUCUUAAAGGGUACCUGGUGUACAACACAGUUGUGGAGACAUUGUGCUCUCUUCGGGCACAGUUGCAGGGGACCAAGUAUGAGGCCCUUGCCACUGACCUAAUGGAGAUGCAACAGACUGAGAAGAAUGCCUUUAAAGAAAAGAUUGAGAACAUUCAGUUGCAGCUGACAUCACCCAAUCUGAAGAAAUGUCAGGCUCAAGAUCCUUCAACUUUAGACUCUGAUGUUUUGAAUAAAGCUUGCUCCUUGACAUGGAAGAUUAACGACAGCCUUGUCCUUCUCAAGCAUUACAUCGCCGAUGCUGUUACAUGCUGGAACAAACGGCUGCAGGACUUCGAGUCUGUUCGCAAGAGAGAAGAGAAGUUAACAAAGUCUGGCCAAAUGAAGAAGCCUGCAUCCGUGCUAGGCACAGAAGUGAAUGUAGGGUUGGAUGAGAAUUGCUCACCAAAUGUGCCCAAGCAAGAACUCAACGAGAGCAUAGACACAACAAGCAGCUUGGGAGACAGUGAUUCUGCGGGAGAUGCAGACAUGGCUGAUAUCCUACUCGGUGGGGACCAGCACCAAGGUGAUAGAGAAGGACUGGACAAAGAGGACAGUCCCCAGUGUAUCCAGGAUGGAAGCUUCACUCCACCCAUACUACCAUCCUCUUUAAGAGUUUCAAGCAGCAGCUCGUCUGUAUCGAGUUACAUGUACAGUGUGUCCCCUGGCAUCUAUGCAGGUCUUAUGGGUCAAGAUCCCGUCGCCCAGAAGCUAGACAGCUACGCUGUUUAUCACAUGGCCCAGACGCAGGGCUUGGAAGACAGCACAGAUUCCAAGAAGUCUGCAAGUUCAAGAAGUCACGAGCGGUCUCGUUCAGAUGGUGCAGAAUGGCUGCUGGAAACCAAAGCAAAACUAAGGACUGAAGAAGAACUGAUGGGAGGCAAGCAAGAAAAGAGGGGCACCGUCAAGACAAUCAUCAGCCAGCUCUUGUCAAGUUCAGGCAGCAACCCAAUCCAAAGCCCCUUCUCUCCAUCGGACCACUUUGAUGUGUCCCAUGGAAGUAGAAUUCCUAUAAUUGUCUAUGACCAAGAGCCCAGUUCCAUUAUUGCGCAUGCACUCGCGUCUGUUGACUAUGAGCAAAAGCUGCUCGAGCUGCAGACCACCUUGACAACAGCUCUCAGCCAGCUGAAAGACCAACCGAGUCCUUCCGCACGACCCGAGAACUUGUCAAUGGACUUCAAUGACUUGGCUCUCUGCAGCAGCCAGGAAACUGACAAGCGAGCUAGCCACAAGAACCCAAACAUGCAUAUAGAAACACAGUUCAGUGACUCCACCUCUCAGUUCUACUGUCGCAUCUUUUUUGCUGAACAGUUUCGUAAACUGCGCUGUCUUAUCUUUCCACACGGAGAAGAUCGCUUCAUCCAUUCACUUUCUCGAUGUGUGUCUUGGAGUGCCCAAGGUGGCAAAUCAGGUUCUUCCUUCUGCAAGACUUACGACGACCGAUUCAUCUUGAAGCAGAUGUCACGCUACGAAGUCCAGUCAUUCUUGGAAUUCGCUCCACUCUAUUUCCAGUAUGUGAGUGGUGCCUGUACUGACAGACAGCCGACAGUCCUGGCCAAGAUCGUUGGGGUGUUCCGCAUUGGAUACAAAAACUCUGCUACAAAUGCUGCCUCCAAGCUGGAUCUUCUGGUCAUGGAAAACCUGUUCUACAAAAGAAAUAUUGCUCAGAAGUUUGAUCUGAAAGGAUCAGUUCGAAAUCGUCUGGUCAAUACACGUUCGCAGACAGAGGGUGAUGUGGUUUUGCUGGAUGAAAACUUGCUGAAAACCACCUGCGACUCACCACUGUACAUCCGGCCACAUUCCAAGACUGUAUUGUCACUGGCUAUUGGAAACGAUGCGAAGUUCCUGUCCGACAACUCGGUCAUGGACUACUCCCUCCUUGUUGGCUUCGAUAAUGAUAGGAGGGAGCUGGUUGUGGGAAUUAUUGACUACAUACGCACAUUCACCUGGGACAAGAAACUCGAGAUGGUGGUGAAGUCCACUGUGACCUUGAGAGGCCAUGGAAAACUGCCGACUAUAGUCUGGCCCAACCUGUACAGGGUGCGGUUUUGUGAGGCAAUGGACAAGUACUUUUUGUGUGUUCCAGACCACUGGAGUGGACUAGGAAGAGGCAUGGACUGCUGAGAACAUAACCUACUUUGUGAAGAUGGCACAAGUUAUGCUGAGAUCUGCUAGAUGAAGUUUCCAUUAUAGGGGCAAGACACUCAGCAAAAAUGGACUUGACAUAGAAAAUUGCUGUGAUCACAUGAACAGAAACAAUUUUUUUUUACAUGCUGUUUGAUCUGUUUUGCGAGUGGUGUGGCCACGUCAUUCACAUAAGCUGCUGUAUGCAAAUAUAAAAAUAUUUUGUCAAGUCUGAGUAUGAAUAAUGUAGUAAGCCACGGAAUUGCUUGCAUGCAUUGGACUUAUCAGUUGUACAUAUAUCUGGAUAUUCACUGCUUGUUUCAUGAAAAUAAAAUGGUAUGUAGUCGUGUGCAACAUACCAACAGAAAAAAUAAGGCCGUGUUUUACCAUUUUAUUGGAUGAUAUUUAUACAAUUUCUGUGUAGGAUGAAAACUACAUGUAACAUAUUGACCUCUGCAAAGCACCUCUAAACAAUACACAGCAGUUUGGGAAAGCAAACAAUUCUGGCAUAACUGAGUAACCACCUGGCACCAAGUAACAAAAUUUUUAAAUAGUUAUAUCCUACUGCAACCUAGCAUAUAUAUUACACUCACUUCUGUACUAUGUCUCUAAAAUAAACUGGUUCUGGAAAUUGA